AGUUCUUGGGCUUAUCUCAAAUCACUCCGUUUUCCAUCAACAUCAAGUCAAUUGUGUAUAUCGUUUCACUUCAGAUGUAGACUACGUAUAUAGGGAGAAGACAGAUAUUUAGGAUGCGGCCUUUCGGUGUGUGUUUUUUCCUCCCACUGUAGGGAUCCGUUUGAAUGUUUUCGGCACACAGACAGCGACGUGUCUGAGCAGCUCGGCCCUGAUUGGUCGCUCUUGUGGCGGCUGCGUGUGAAACUUGCAGCCGCGGAGCUUUUCCACGUCGCCGAAGUGGCCACGUUUGAUUCGGCUACAGGGGGAGCCAUGCCAAGCUGUGUGUAGACACCGACUUUCAGGAAUGGAUCACCGAAAUUAACCGCAACACGUUUUUAGAGCGUUCACAAUAUGGCUUUGAGAUUUGUGUUGUUGGUCGCGGGCCUUGUCUUCAUCCACACCGAGCCGACUGCAGCGUGGGACGCAGAUUUAGAGCUGUUCGACCUGGUUGAGGAAAUCCCACAAACAUUUUACGAAUUCCUGUCUGUUAACCAGGAUGCACCAUCGUCUGAGAUCAAAAAGGCAUACAGGAGACUUUCCCUCAUCCUUCAUCCUGAUAAAAACAAAGAUGAGAAUGCUGAAACCCAGUUCCGCCAGCUUGUGGCCAUCUAUGAAGUUCUUAAGGAUGAAGAAAGGAGAAAAACGUAUGAUGACAUCCUGGUUAAUGGGCUUCCUGACUGGAGACAGCCCGUAUUCUACUACCGCCGUGUCAGGAAGAUGAGCAACGGAGAGCUUGGCUUCCUCCUCUUUCUCAUCCUCACUGUGGGCCAUUAUGCAGUGAUCUGGUCCAUUUAUUUGGAGAAGCAAUUGGACGAUCUCCUUAGCAAGAAGAAGCGAGAGAAGAAGAAGAAACAAAGCAGCAAGUUAUCCGAGGAGCCGAAGACUGGGCAAGAGAAAAAUGAGAAGUCAGAAAAACCUCACUGGCAUGAUAUUCUGCCCCUCAAGCUGAGCAUCUGGCUUUACUACUCACUGAAGUCUCUUCCUCAUGUCAUACAGGACGUGAAGCAGUACUACAAAGACUACAAAGAAAUGAAACUGAAAGAGAAAGAGCAAGCAGAAGCAGAAGCACAAGCAGAGCAAGAAAUGCAGCAAAGAGAGAAACGGCCAAAGGUGAAGAAACCCAAAAUGGAGUUUCCGGUUUACGAGCCCAGUGAGACGGCUUACAUCCCUGCGUACGACCAGGGAGCCUCCAUCGAGGACAUUGAGGAUCAAAUGGACGACUGGCUGGAAGAUCGGAAAACACAAAAAAAGAAAAGUCCAGAGUGGACAGACGAGGACCUCAGUCUGCUGACUCGCUGCAUGGCGAAGUUUCCUGGAGGAACACCGGGGCGGUGGGAGAAGAUCGCUCAUGAGCUGGGCAGAUCAGUCACUGAUGUGACAACAAAAGUAAAACAAGUCAAAGACAGUGUCUCCAACACAUCAGGGUUGGUGAAGCUCUCUGAGCUGAAAAGUAGUGCAGUGGUAGGAAAAAGUGCCGUCCCAGAUAGCCUCAUGACCCAGCGAGAAGAGAUCAGGCUUCCUGAAGAGCCACCGGAGCCUGACGCACCCGAGGAAACUGAGAGCAAAACCGUGAGGAGACGAGCCAAAAAAUCCACAGCAGGGACAGGAAGUGCCGGGGAGGAAAAGGAAAAAGUGAAAGGCCGCAGACAGAGAGACUUCGACCCUACAGCCGUGGACGAGGACAGCGAAGAGGAGAAAAAGCAGUCGAAGGAAAAGCCGAGCGCUGCCGAUGAGGUCUGGACCCAAAGCCAGCAGAGACUGUUGGAACUGGCGCUGCAGCAAUACCCACGUGGCACCGCAGAACGAUGGGACAGGAUCGCCAAAGUGGUGCCUGGAAAAAGCAAGGAGGAGUGUAUGAUCCGGUACAAGCUGCUGGCCGAACUGGUGCAGAAAAAGAAACAGGCGAAGAGCUGACGAAUCGAUCCUCUUCUUCUCUGCCUGUUCCUACAUCUCUCUCCUCGUCAUGUGCCUUAGCUUUGCCAAAAAUCGUGCUGUAUAUCAGCUGGAGCACUUCUCCAGCUGCCUGGUUUAUACUUCUGCACGGACUGACUCGCAUGCAAUUCUCCAAAUUUACAUUCACCAUUUUCACACAUGAGAAAAUCUCAAAUGGUUCCUUUUUCACCUGAUUCACUUAUCUACCCGAAAGUGUAGUAUUUAUGAUUAAGAACCGAUAGAAAGCAGUGAUCCUCAGUGUUUAUUCUGUAGUUUUGUUUUUCCCCUAAAGCACAUGUGCAGGUUCCCGUUCAUUUGCAAGCGUUUUAAGCGUGUUCACAAAUACGUAGAUGCAGAAGCAUAAACCAGUCCUCCAGUAUUGGACAAACCCAUCUAUGAUCUGUAUUAUGUACAGCUGCAUAUGUGCAUAAAUCAGUUUUAUUAUUUAUUA